CGGCUGCGGCAGCUUCAGGCAGGUCUUACUGAAAUCUGGAUGCAAGCAAGCACGCCCUCUCUCCCUCUCCGUCUUUAGUUGGAAGGUUCCUAACUUGUGAGGAGACAGAAGGGAAAACGUGCUGCUGCUGACUAGGAAAGUUGGGGAGAAAGAAGCCAGAGGCGGCUCCUCAAGGUUUGUGUAUCUCCCCCACCCACCCACUUCCCGGGAAAAACGAAGUUUUCGCGGGCAAAUCGGGGGCAACUGAGAACUUUCCGCGGGGAGCGAGAAGGGCCAAGCGACCGCUUUCCAGCGAGUCCCAAUGAAGCCCUGCCCGAAGGGCGGCUACAACCAGAGGACUUGAACUACGCGCGUCCGGAGUCGCCUUUGCCCCCCGCUUGGGGACGUGUGGUCUGGCAGCCUCCCUCCCCCGGGAUGCUGCUGGGGCUCCGCUCGCUGUGGCUGCUGAGCUGUUCGGUCAGCUUGUGCCACGGCUAUUUCGACGGCCCACUUUACCCGGAGAUGUCCAACGGGACGUUGCAUCACUACUUCGUGCCUGACGGGGACUAUGAGGAGAACGACGACCCGGAGAAGUGUCAGUUGCUUUUCAGGGUGAGCGACCGCCUCCGCUGCACAGCUAACGGGGAGGCUGAGCGCCUGCAUCCGGCGGCGGCACCCACUCUGACGCUACGCGAGGAAUUCACCCUCCUGGGCCGGCAGGUGGAGGACACGGCGCGCGUGCUGGAAGGCAUCCAGAAGAGCAUCUCGUACGACCUGGACGGCGAGGAGAGCUACGGCAAUUACCUGCGCAGGGAGUCCACGCAGAUUGGCGACGCCUACGCCAACUCGGAGAAGUCGCUGGGCGAGCUGGAGAACAAGUUCCGGCAGGGCCAGGAGCACGAGAACCACGAGGAGAGCCGCCUCAACGACGACUUCCUGGGCAUGCUGGUGCAUGCGCGGGCCCUCCUCAAGGAGACGCUGGCCGUCUCGGCGGGCUUGCGGGACAAGUACGAGCUGCUCGCGCUCACCGUCCGGAGCCACGGCGCGCGCCUCAGCCGUCUCAAAACAGAGUAUCUCAAGGGCUGAGCCGGGGCGGCGCCUCACUGGGCUUCGACUGUCCCUCUUUUCCAUCAGUGGCCAGGCGGUGGAGCCCUGCCGGGCAUGCUUCCCUAACUUUCCUCCACCAGAUCCCGACCCUUGCUAUUCCAAUAUACUUCAGUGUGAUUGUUUGCAAUUUUCAUCAUAGCACCUUGAAAGAGCAAAGUAACGGGCCUACUUUUGGGUGGCGUGAGUCCAUGAAAGACAGUUCAGUGGGCCACAAAUGGACAGUUAAUAUUUUCCGUUUAAAAAAGAAAACUGAGGCGGCGCUAUUUCUGUUAAGUACUAAAAAAUCCAGAAGUGUGCCAUCCACCUUUUUAAAAGUUUCUUACCUUUCUGACAGGUGGAAAUUCAAGUUAAAAACAGCGUUUGUUGAAUUCCUCCUGACAAAACAUUAAAGACGCACAGGAGCUUGCUUUAUUGCAUUCAUCCUCACUUUACAGCAUAAUGUAUGUGAAAUAGGGGGAACAAAGUGACCAUAGGUGCAAUCUAUGUACUUACCUUAGUUAACUCUUUGGGCUUACUUCACCUAUGGGUAGGUUGCAAGUUUUUACUCAAUUACUUGGAAGUAAGUUCUAUUCAGGACUCAGCCUCCCAUCCUUCCAAGGUCGGUAAAAUGAGUACCCAGCUCUCUGGGGAAGGUGUUGACUGGGGAAGGCAAUGGCAAACCACCCUGCUAUAGUCUGCCAAGAAAACGUAAUGAAAGCGGCACCCCCCCCAAAGGGUCAGACAUGACUCGGUGCUGGCACAGGGGACCUUUCACCUUCUAGUUCUAUUGAGUAAAAGAGGACUGAAUUUGGAGUCAACAUUUAUAGGAUUAAGUUGCUGUGAUUAAAGGCUUUGAAGAUAAUUCC